AUGGAAGUACCAUAUCUUGUGGUACCUUCCAAGAAGGACAAAGACUGUCAUCUAGCGAGAUUCCUUGAUAUUUUCAGGAAACUGAAAAUAACUAUGCCUUUUGGGGAAGCUUUGCAACAAAUGCCACUCUACUCGAAAUUUCUAAAAGAUAUGUUGACAAGGAAAAACAGAUACAUCCACCAGGAGAAUAUUGUUGUGGAAGGCAACUGCAGUGCUGUAAUACAGAAAAUUCUUCCACCAAAACAUAAAGACCCUGGAAGUGUUACUAUUCCUUGCUCAAUCGGUGAAGUCACUGUGGGAAAGUCUCUCAUUGAUUUGGGAGCCAGUAUCAACCUAAUGCCGCUCUCCAUGUGUAGAAGGUUAGAAGAGUUGGAAAUCAUGCUCACGAGAAUGACUUUACAACUUGCUAGCCGAUCCAUCACAAGACCUUAUGGGGUAAUUAAGGAUGUUCUGAUAAGUGUGAAACAUAUGGUCUUUCCAGCUGAUUUUGUGGUCAUGGAUGUGGAGGAAGAUUAUGAGGUUCCAGUCAUUUUGGGAUGUCCCUUUAUGUCAACUGCAAGUUGCAUAAUCGAUAUGGGAAGAAAGACACUAGAGAUGGGUUUUGAAGAUCAGAAGAUCAAUUUUGAUCUUUUUGAAGAAAACAAGUUGGUGCCAGAGCAUAAUGUUUGCUUGCAGGUGAUGGAGGUUGAAGAAGAAGUCUUGAAGGUGAGGACCAAUAUUUGA